AUGGGAUCAGAUGCAUUCUUAGAGGUGAUUUUGGCCAUCUUUCUUCCUCCUGUGGGUGUCUUCCUUCGCUAUGGCUGUGGGGUAGAGUUCUGGAUCGAUUUGUUGCUGACCCUGUUGGGAUAUAUUCCAGGAAUUAUAUAUGCAGUUUAUGUAUUAGUUGGAUGAUGAUUAGGUUAGGUUGCUUUUUUUUUUUUUUUUUUUUUCUUUUUUUUGUCCUUCAAAUUCAAAUUCAAAUAUUUAUUUAAUUUAGUGCUAUAAUAUGUUAAACAUUUUCUUCUGUUAUGUUGGAUGGUGACAUAUAUAUGUAUUUUAAAAUUUUGUUUUUGUUUUUUUCAUAUUUAUGUGACCGUUUUUCUGUCAGUUUCCUCAUCAAACGUAUGAAUAAA